GGUUAUUGCAUGGCGAUACUUUGUAUUUGUAUUGCAUGUUGAAUAUAUGUAUCGUCUAUAUAGGAUACGAUUGAUAACGCGUACACGCAAUCGUCAAGUCACUACCUCAAUUGGAUUUCACAUUCAUUUGUCUUUGAAUUCAGCACAGAUAAACUACCUAGUCUGCAACUAUCAUCAAAGUACAGCUAAAUACACUCAACGGAUGUAUACAUAUACCGCAAAAUCGCUUCAACGCAUAUACUAUCUGUAUAAACAGAGCAAUUCAUUACAGACUGUUAAAAGCAAGUACACACGGCACACAUACAUUAGGCCGUGGAAGUUCUAUUAUCACUAUCAAAGCACACAAAGGGAACAGAGCACACACCCAAUAUUACUUAGAGUGAUGGUAUAAUCCGUGUAACCUCAUAUUCUAUAAGGGGAAUCGCCCUUAUCACUAAUACAGCAAGUAUCGGUAAUAAGCGUUCAAUAUGGUUCUUGAAACCUCGCCAGGGAACCUCCACAUACACCCCCAACAUCGCCUGUAUCCCGAUGCGUUUGAUGUCGAGAGUACGCCCUUGCUCAACAAUGACACAGACAUUCCCAACGGGCACAUGUGUAUAGACGAAGAUGUUAGUAAGACUCCGAUGCAAUCAACAACCGCAUACAGCAAUAGCCACACAGAGUCAACGCCACCGCCACCCCAAAAGCCUAAUACAUCUACGGGUGCUAAGACUACGUGGCGUGUGGUGUUCGCUGCUUGUGUUGCAGCGUCGGGCGCAUCUUUUCAGUUCGGCUAUCACGUGGGUGACUAUGGCGCUGCAGCAAUUGAUAUAAGCACACUAGGAAACAUGUCUGGCCCUACCAACUCGUGGUCACUGAUACAGUACAUGGCUGAACUUACCAGCUUCUUAUUGGGAGGACUCAUCGGUGCGAUAGUAGGGGGUGCGUUUGCAAAUAGAAUUGGACGCAAGAAGACUCUGUUACUGAAUGAUCUCACCUUUAUAAUCGGUGCACUUCUCAUGGCCUUCUCGAGGUUCUUCUUGAUGUGGGUGGUCGGGCGUUUCUUGAUUGGGUUCGGCAGCGGAGUCGGCACUAUAGGUAUGACCCCAUUUUAA